CCGCCCCGCCCCGCCCGCCCCGCGCCCGCCAGGAGCCACGGUCCGAGCCUUGCGGAGCGCCGCAGUGGGCGCCUGCUGCCCGCAGCCCCUGACCCGGCCCCGGACGGAGCGCCGGCCGCACCACAGCCCUCUGGCCGUUACCUCACCGGCUCGGCAAGAUGUCGGUGAAGGAGGGCGCACAGCGCAAGUGGGCAGCGCUGAAGGAGAAGCUGGGGCCACAGGAUUCGGACCCCACGGAGGCCAACUUGGAGAGCGCGGACCCUGAGCUGUGCAUCCGGCUGCUCCAGAUGCCCUCUGUGGUCAACUACUCCGGCCUGCGCAAGCGCCUGGAGGGCAGCGACGGCGGCUGGAUGGUGCAGUUCCUGGAGCAGAGCGGCCUGGACCUGCUGCUCGAGGCGCUGGCGCGGCUGUCGGGCCGCGGCGUCGCACGCAUCUCGGACGCCCUGCUGCAGCUCACCUGCGUCAGCUGCGUGCGCGCCGUCAUGAACUCGCGGCAGGGCAUCGAGUACAUCCUCAGCAACCAGGGCUACGUGCGCCAGCUCUCCCAGGCCCUGGACACAUCCAACGUGAUGGUGAAGAAGCAAGUGUUUGAGCUACUGGCCGCCCUGUGCAUCUACUCUCCCGAGGGCCACGCACUGACCCUGGACGCCCUGGACCACUACAAGACGGUGUGCAGCCAGCAGUACCGCUUCAGCAUUGUCAUGAACGAGCUCUCCGGCAGUGACAACGUGCCCUACGUGGUCACCCUGCUUAGCGUGAUCAACGCCGUCAUCCUGGGCCCCGAGGACCUGCGCGCGCGCACCCAGCUGCGGAACGAGUUUAUCGGGCUGCAGCUGCUGGAUGUCCUGGCUCGCCUGCGAGACCUGGAGGACGCCGACCUGCUGAUCCAGCUGGAGGCCUUCGAGGAGGCUAAGGCCGAGGACGAGGAGGAGCUGCUGCGAGUCUCUGGCGGGGUCGACAUGAGCAGCCACCAGGAGGUCUUUGCCUCCCUGUUCCACAAGGUGAGCUGCUCCCCGGUGUCUGCCCAGCUCCUGUCGGUGCUGCAGGGCCUCCUGCACCUGGAGCCCACCCUCCGCUCCAGCCAGCUGCUCUGGGAGGCCCUGGAGAGCCUCGUGAACCGGGCCGUGCUCCUGGCCAGCGAUGCCCAGGAGUGCACCCUGGAGGAAGUGGUUGAGCGACUCCUGUCUGUCAAGGGGCGACCCAGACCGAGCCCCCUGGUCAAGGCCCAUAAAAGCGUCCAGGCCAACCUAGACCAGAGCCAGAGGGGCAGCUCCCCGCAAAACACUACAACCCCCAAGCCCAGCGUGAAGGGCCAGCAGCCAGCAGCAGCUGCUGCCUGCGAGCCCGUGGACCACGCCCAGAGUGAGAGCAUCCUGAAAGUUUCGCAGCCCGGAGCCACGGAGCAGCAGGAGUCCAUCCCGCUCCCACCCCCACCCCCACCCCCACCCCCACCCCCACCCCUGCUCCCUGUUUCCAGUGCCGAGCCCCCUCCCCCUCCCCCACCACCCCCCCUGCCCAGUGUGGGGGCUAAGGCCCUCCCAAUAGCACCCCCACCCCCACCCAUGCCAGGUCUGGGGGCCAUGGCCCCCCCAGCACCUCCUCUACCACCACCCCUGCCAGGCUCCUGUGAGUUCCUGCCCCCACCACCUCCACCACUCCCGGGCAUGAGAUGCCCGCCCCCACCCCCACCCCUGCUGCCUGGUAUGGGCUGGGGCCCUCCUCCACCCCCACCUCCACUACUGCCCUGCACCUGCAGCCCCCCCGUGGCGGGAGCCAUGGAGGAGGUCAUCGUGGCCCAGGUGGACCACGGCUUGGGCUCAGCAUGGGUCCCCAGCCAUCGGCGGGUGAACCCACCCACGCUGCGCAUGAAGAAGCUGAACUGGCAGAAGUUGCCAUCCAACGUGGCACGUGAGCACAACUCUAUGUGGGCGUCCCUGAGCAGCCCCGACGCCGAGGCUGUGGAGCCCGACUUCUCCAGCAUCGAGCGGCUAUUCUCCUUCCCUGCAGCCAAGCCCAAGGAGCCCACCACAGCGGCCACCCGGGCCAGGAAGGAGCCCAAGGAGAUCACUUUCCUCGAUGCCAAGAAGAGCCUGAACCUCAACAUCUUCCUGAAGCAAUUUAAGUGCUCCAACGAGGAGGUCGCUGCCAUGAUCCGGGCCGGGGAUACCACCAAGUUUGAUGUGGAGGUUCUCAAACAACUCCUUAAGCUCCUUCCCGAGAAGCACGAGAUUGAAAACCUGCGGGCAUUCACAGAGGAGCGAGCCAAGCUGGCCAGCGCCGACCAUUUCUACCUCCUCCUGCUGGCCAUUCCCUGCUACCAGCUGCGAAUCGAGUGCAUGCUGCUGUGUGAGGGCGCGGCCGCCGUGCUGGACAUGGUGCGGCCCAAGGCCCAGCUGGUGCUGGCUGCCUGCGAAAGCCUGCUCACCAGCCGCCAGCUGCCCAUCUUCUGCCAGCUGAUCCUGAGAAUUGGGAACUUCCUCAACUACGGCAGCCACACUGGUGACGCUGACGGCUUCAAGAUCAGUACAUUGCUGAAGCUCACGGAGACCAAGUCCCAGCAGAACCGCGUGACGCUGCUGCACCAUGUGUUGGAGGAAGCGGAAAAGAGCCACCCCGACCUCCUGCAGCUGCCCCGGGACCUGGAGCAGCCCUCGCAAGCGGCAGGGAUCAACCUGGAGAUCAUCCGCUCAGAGACCAGCUCCAACCUGAAGAAGCUUCUAGAGACCGAGCGGAAGGUGUCCGCCUCCGUGGCCGAGGUCCAGGAGCAGUACACUGAGCGCCUCCAGGCCAGCAUCUCGGCCUUCCGGGCACUGGACGAGCUGUUCGAGGCCAUUGAGCAGAAGCAGCGGGAGCUGGCCGACUACCUGUGUGAGGACGCCCAGCAGCUGUCCCUGGAGGACACGUUUAGCACCAUGAAGGCUUUCCGGGACCUCUUCCUCCGCGCCCUGAAGGAGAACAAGGAGCGGAAGGAGCAGACGGCGAAGGCGGAGAGGAGGAAGCAGCAGCUGGCAGAGGAGGAGGCGCGGCGGCCUCGGGGAGAGGACGGGAAGCCUGUCAGGAAGGGGCCCGGGAAGCAGGAGGAGGUGUGUGUCAUCGAUGCUCUGCUGGCCGACAUCAGGAAGGGCUUCCAGCUGCGGAAGACAGCCCGGGGCCGCGGGGACACUGAAGGAGGCAGCAAGGCAGCCUCCAUGGAUCCCCCAAGAGCCACAGAGCCUGGCCCUGCCGUUAGUGCUGAAGCAGCGGUCCAGCUGCUGGGCUCCAGAGAGAUGAGGCCAGGCCCACUGACAGAUGCCCCUGGGCUCAGAGGGUGCUAGAGGUGGCAGGAAAGGCAGGCGGCAAGGCCCUGGUGGGAGGACCCCAUUCCUGGGGUGGCUGCCUCAGGGUGCUGGGAAUGGCGUGGCCCAGUGUCCCCCACGCUGCCACAGUGUAGACAGACCAAGGAUGCUGAGGCCGAGUCCUGCUCUGAGACAUAAGAGGAGGCUUCCUGGGGAGGAGGCUUUGCAGGGCGUUCUGGUAGACAGUGGAAUGGAGGAGGCUGUGCUUGGGCUGGCUCUGGGGCAGGGUGCCUGGCCUUCACUGGUGUGUCCCUCCAUCCAGUGGCCACCAGUAACCCUGCAGGAGACCCUGUGGGCAGCACACGCUCUCCCGCCUCUGAGCCCGGCCUCGAUGCUACAAUGGCCAGCGAGUCCCGGGGCUGGGACCUUGUAGACGCCGUGACCCCCGACCCUCAGCCCACCCUGGAGCAGUCGGAGGAGGGUGGUCCCCGGCCCCUGGAGAGGCGUUCUUCCUGGUAUGUGGAUGCCAGCGAUGUCCUAACCACUGAGGAUCCCCAGUGCCCCCAGCCCUUGGAGGGGGCCUGGCCGGUGACUCUGGGAGAUGCUCAGGACCUGAAGCCCCUCAAGUUCUCCAGCAACCAGCCCCCUGCAGCUGGAAGUUCAAGGCAAGAUGCCCAGGAUCGCACGUCCUUGCUGGGCGUCCUCCAGGCCGAGGCCGACAGCACGAACGAGGGGCUGGAGGACGCCGUCCACAGCCGUGGUGCCAGACCCCCUGCAGCAGGCCCAGGUGGGGAUGAGGACGAGGAUGAGGAGGACACGGCCCCAGAGUCCACACUGGACACAUCCCUGGACAAGUCCUUCUCCGAGGAUGCGGUGACCGACUCCUCGGGGUCGGGCACACUCCCCAGGGCCCGGGGCCGGGCCUCAAAGGGGACCGGCAAGCGAAGGAAGAAGCGUCCCUCCAGGAGCCAGGAAGGUAACUCAGGGAGGGGCCCCGGGCACCAUCCCACGCCAGGGCACUGGCUCCCAGCCGGUCCCUCCCCUUCUCCAUUGAGCACUGCACGUUCCAGUGGCACCCAGGAGAGGUGACUUGGAUGUGGCGCGGGAGAGGAGGCGUUAGCGCAUCCACCGCAGGGCAGCUUUGUGGGCUGCUGCGGUCCGUGCAACUGUUCCUCCAACCUGCUAAUUCCCACCUUCAUGCCACCUCCGUUAGGGAGUAGGGGGUGGACACCGGGCACCAGGUCCCAGGCAAGUGGCUGCCAUGUGGCUUAGUGGCCAAAGAACCGGGCAGCCCUCAGAGGGUGUUGGCAUGGCUGUCCCGGGCCCCCCAGCCCCACCCGCUCCGAGUCAGGGUCACUCCUGUGUGAUAAGCCGUUGAGUACAUUUCUUUUAUUUGAAAGCAGAGGUUCCCCCUGAUUCUGAUGAUAAUAAAACAAAGAAAUUGUGUGUGAUCCAGUAAGGUAUGUACGCAGCCGGCACUCCGUGGGGGCUAACAGCAGCUGCAGGGCAGUGGGGCUGGAGCUUGCUGCCCACACCCCUCCGGGACACUAACCUGGCUUCUCUCCAGCCCGCGUGGUGUGUCAGUGUGGCCUUGCCUCUUCCGCAGCCCUGGUGUUGGGCUCCCCCUGCCCCAUCCCCUCCCUCUCCGCAGGUUACCUGCUCAACUGGUGCCUCCCGCAGGCAAGACGCAACCUCAGUGCUGGCUCCGGGCAUGCGGGCCUCGAGAGGGCAGGUGGCAGGGCCAGCCGGGCUCCCUUAGCGAGCAGGAUCGGGGCCCCGGGCAUGGGCAGGACCUCCUGGCUGGCAGGACAGGCUGAGGUUGCUCCUGUCUGGUGUCCUGGCCCUAACUGCAGUUUCAGUAACCCGGUGGCUUUCCUGCUGUGUCUGUCGGUGGAGGGAUAGCUUCACUCUGAGUGUGUCAAUGGUGUGGGGCCUCCUACGGCGUGUCCCCAGGAAGUCUGUGAGGAGACAGGGACAGUCGCAAGGGCAGAUGCUGCCAGGGACCAGCACACUGCAACCCCCCUCCUGUUGGACAGUGUCCUCCCACCCCGAGGCCAUGGGUGGGUCUGUGGAGAUGCAGAUUACCCCCAGCACACCGCAUCUUCUGGGGGGCCCACAGCCAAAGGUCAGUCAGCCAGGUCCGUCCGCAGGGCUGGAGAGGCCGAUGCAUCCAGCUAGACAGACCAGCCUGCACUGGGUGGAGGAGGGGCUAGAGCAGAGAACCAGAAGGUCCAGCCCGGCCGAUCGUGAGCUCUGUGAGCCCAGGUCGUGGCGUCUUCCAGCACCUCCAGCCUUGCUCAGAGCCAGCCCAGUGUCCGUGCAUCGCAGAUAUGCUGACCGCUGGGCCUGGGGCUUAGGCUCAAGGUGCACACGUGAGGUCUGCUGGUGCCCGUCAGAGGCAAGAGCGGUCGUGAGCCUGGAGAAGCUUCUCCGGACAGUUUGUCCUCGCCGUUGGGGCACGGCCUCCACCCUGGGUUCCAGCUCUUGCUUCCAGGGUCAUCGUCCGAGUGUGGCUCUCUGGUGUGAAGCGCCCACGUGUACUUUUUAGAAAGGUGCUGGCAUCUCCCUUAGAGGCUGGAACUUGGACUUGCUGGCCCUGAGUGUGAGGAACAGUGGAGCAUGCAGGCCUGAGGCAGGCGGCCACACCUGACAAUGGUCCAGUGAAAGAUGGACGUGCCCAGUGCCAGCUCCACGCUCCACCUGGUUCCCUCCUGAACCUGCUAAUGUGCUUCGCCUCCACCCGCCCCAGCUCCUGCCACGCAGGCGGCUGAGAGCAAGAGGAAGGAAUCCUCCUCUUCUCUCCCCAACUUUUUAUUUUUUAUUUUUUUCAAGACAGAAUCUCACUCUGUUGCCCAGGCUGGAGUGCAGUGGUGCAAUCUCAGCUUACGGCAACCUCCACCUUCCAGGUUCAAGUGAUUCUCCUGCCUUAGCCUUCUGAGUAGCUGGGACCACAGGCACGCACCACCACGCCUGGCUAACUUUUUGUAUUUUUAGCAGAGACGGGGUUUCACCAUGUUGGCCAGGCCGGUCUCAAACUCCUGACUUCAGGUGAUCCACCUGCCUCGGCCUCCCAAAGUGCUGGGAUUACAGGCAUGAGCCACCGUGUCCAGCCCUCACCUUUUUAUUUAGAAAAUCUUCAACACCACAGGAAAUUGCAUAGAGAUCAGAAUGAACAACAUCUUCUUCCCGAAACUACAACCAUUUGCCAAAAAUAACAAAAUUGUGAUCAUUUUGCUACGUUGCCCCCCCUCCAACUGACCCAUUUGAGAGUUUCUUAUAAACGUCAUGGCACUGGAGCCCUAACCUCGCCCACAGACACCUGAGAGCACAGCCGUCCUCCCCAGUACCCACCCCCAGGCAGGGUGCGCUGCCGUCCUCCCAGUCCCCCCCGGGCAGAGUACACUGCGGGACGCUUCACGUCCAGGUGCUUCUAAUACUUGGUCCCAGUGUGGAUAUGUCACUUGUCCCAGUAAUUCCUUUUCUAGUUGUUGCUUUGUUGUUUUUGCAAACUAAGAUUGUAUCCAGAGUCACACGCUGUGUUUGGUUGUCAUAUCGCUUCAGUCUCUUUUGUUCUAGAACAUUCCUGCCCCUUUUUUGUCUUGUAUGACAUUGACAUUCUGGAAGAUAACUUCACUUUGGGUUUGCCUGAUUGCAUCCCCCGAAGUACGUCCAGGUUGAGUUUUGGGGCAGGAGUUCUACCCCAAGGGACACCAUGUCCUCCCCAGCUGGGUGGGGACGUUCGUGGCAGCAGCGCUGACCACGGCUGCGCGAGUGGUUUCUGAACCUCCACUGCACCAACACCACGCUGUCUGGUUAAUAAGCACCGGUGGUGACCUGUGGAACAAACCGCUGCAGCGCGGUUCUGUGUUCGCCGCCCCUCCUCCGAGCGUUCCCCUCUCCCCUCCCUUUUUCCAUCACGUGAGUUUUGAAUGUGCAGUAAUCCUUCACUGCCACUGCCGUGCAUUUGAUGGGGACCAGCACGGGCCCUUGACCCACAGCCCCUGAGCGCUUCCCAUCUUUGGCACAAGCCCAUGUUCCUAGCUCACCCCAGACUUGCUGAUCCCCCCCAUCCCUGCCCAGGCCUUGGUCUUGGCCAUUUCUCCAGGUUCCCUGAGUGGGGAAUGGUGCUGAGAUUCCCUCUGAGGGAUUGUUUUGGACAGUUUUUGUUUUCUUGCUGUCUCUUUAGAGUGGUUCUCAAACCCUGCCUGGGCUAUCCCACUGGGGAGCUAGGAUACCACCUGGCACUGUGGUGGCCAUGGGAGUGGCACUCAGACAAGGGCCAUCGAGGGCCCCUGGACCAGAAAGCGAAGAGGGCAUUGGGGGCAGGAGGCCUGUGGGGCCAUGUGUGGGGGCCAUCUGGGUGGCGGGAGCUGUUGGGGCGGGGCUGAGCGCCCUCAGCAGCCCACUGGAGAAAGCGCUGCUGGGGUCCUCGUGUGGGGCCCAGGGCUCAAUGUGGAAGCGAUGAGGGCUGCAGGUGGUGGCAAUGGGGAUUAAUGAGUAAGGACAGAGUGCAGCCUGGGUCUCAGACAUGGGGUGGGGGACAGGCCACAGAGACUCCCCAUCUCAGCAGAGAGGAGACAGGCUCAGGCUGCCACGCCUUGCCAAAACCCAGCCUGGCCAGGCCAUCCCGGCACCUUCCACCUAGAUAAGUUGUGCUGCUCCAGAGAAAGAUCCUGGGGUCAGAGUGGACCUCAGAUGCAUGGCACAACCUGCUGGACAGUGGUGAUGAGGGGUUCAAGGACCUGGGGGCCUAGAAGCAGGCACCUGGUAUUAUACCCAGCAAAACUGCUCCUAAUAAUGUCAUUUUUUCUCUCUCCUUACAGGCCUCAGGCCCAGGCCCAAGGCCAAGUGAGACAGCCCAGGCCACAGGACAUGCUGCCAUUCUGCCAAGAGAGGCUCUUCUGGGGGCCAGGCUGGGACUGGGCCCCGGAAACCAAAACUCCGUGCCUUACCCAGCCGGGGCCCUCCUGGAGCCUUCUUGGGGUGUUGUGGCUGGGACCCCGACAGGCACCAGUGCCCUGCCAGGCCUGGUGUCCUCCUGGACCGCCUGCACGUGCCAGCCUCCCACCUGCUUCCUAAAGGCAACCCUGGCCCACACCCGCAUGCGCCCGGUGCAGCCUGCCAAGGGCCAGUCGGGGGGUGCUUUGUCCUGCCAGUGUCCACCACAGCUCUGCCUGCCAUUCAGCCCAGCAGGGUUUAAUCAAAACACAAUGCUUUGCAAGUCUUUACUGCUUGGAGGUGGCUGAGUUGGGGGCCCUGGGCUAGGGUAAGCCGGCAGGCAGUGCCAUGGCAGGCCAGGGUCCCCUCCCAUGGGGUCUGGCCCCCGUUCCAGCAUGUCCAGCCCCUGAAGUUGGAGUGGGGGGCGGUCUGCCGUUGCUGCCACUGCCAGGCCUCUGCCCUGCAGCUGAAACUUGGCCAUCACAUCAACAGAAAACCCCUCCCAGUGCCAGCUGCCCAGCAUGGGCGGGCCCUGGGGACAAUACAGGUCCACCUGAGGGGCUGCAGGGUGACACCCAGCAGCCGCUGCCCCCUCACUGCCCACCCAGCGAGGGCAGCCUGCCCGAGCCUGCCCCCUGCCAGGUGUGUGCCCUGAGGCUGGCGGCUGGAUGCGUGGCCAAUAAAAAGCAGACCUAGCCCGG